AUGAAUACCGACGCGAAGGUCGUGAAGCAUCCUCACAUUAGCAAGCUCAUUCGAAAGAUCCCCAUUAACAGGCACUGGAAGGGGCACAUCGUCGCAAUCAUCGGAGAAUUCGUUGGCACGUUCUUCUUUCUCUUCCUUGCAUUUACAGGAGCACAAACUGCCAAUGUAUCGUCAAAUCCGAAUACUGGCGACACGGUGAUCACGGAAGCGCCGCAAAAGACACCACAACAACUUCUCUACACUGCGCUGUCAUUCGGCUUCUCUUUAGCCGUCAAUGCCUGGGUCUUCUUCCGCAUCAGCGGAGGGCUAUUCAACCCUGCCGUCACCUUGGGUAUGGCACUCAUCCGCGCCAUCACCAUCACGCGUGCCAUCUUCCUGUUCGUCGCACAGAUGCUCGGAGCCAUCGUUGCCGCAUUCGUCGUACAAGCGCUAUUCACAGGAGACUUGAACGUCGCAACAACUUUAUCAGACACAACAACAAUCGCGCAAGGCGUCAUUAUCGAGAUGCUUCUCACCUCUGUCCUAGUCUUCACGAUCUUCAUGUUGGCCGCAGAGAAGCACGUCGGAAAUUUCAUCGCUCCCGUUGGAAUCGGUCUCGCACUCUUCAGCGCAGAACUCACUGGUGUCUUCUGGACCGGAGGCUCCCUCAAUCCCGCACGCAGCUUCGCCCCUUCAGUCGCAACCUCCGCCAUCGGAACAGCCGGCUGGGAUUCAGAGCAGUGGGUCUAUUGGGUCGGUCCCUUUGCCGGCUCAGGUCUUGCAGUGCUCCUCUACAAGUUGAUCAAGAUUCUGGAGUACGAGACUGCAAACCUCGACGAUGAUCCGGAGGCGGGUGUCAAUCCAGCGGCACCUACAGAGCCUCCUGCUCGACGGAUCGCGAGCGACGACACAUUAGAUCGCAAGGGGCACAGUUCUGAUAUGGAUCCCAUACCACCAGCUGGCAGGGUGUGA